AUGUAUUUUCCACUAAAUCCCGAUACUAAUAGCUAUUACAACUAUUAUGGAAGAGCAAGAUUUGGCAUCGAUUUUCUAGGAUGUGACACCUAUUUCAAAUCUAACAGUGUUAUGUGUGGUGUCAAAUAUCAACCAUCUGAAGUUUUUGGCUCCUCCACGGCAUUGCAAUUAAGAUUAACAGCAGAGGAAUAUGUUUAUACGAUCAUCAAUGCUUUCACAUCUAACAGUCAAUAUCCAGCACAAAAUUCGUAUUAUUAUAAUACUCAACCUUACAUUUCUACAGUCGGUGUCUCUUCAACUGUCUAUGAAGGACAAAACAAUACGGUAUUUCGAAUCGAACAACGAGACAUUGUUGGAAAUCUACAACAAUAUUGGUAUUGGUGUUUUUGUAUGACCGAUUACUGUAAUAUAGAUUUUACAACAUGUGCAACGGGAAUCAAUUACAAUUCAACAUCGACAACACCAUUACAACCCAUUAUUUAUCCACAAAAUAGUAAGUAA